AUGGACCACCGUCAUAAGCAAGAUGCCGUCGAUCCGGUGGCUGCUCAGGUAGCCGAGCGGCUCCGUCUUCAUGCCGACGCGCCUUCAGUCCAAAGGCCGCCUGAAGCCACCUUAUCACCAGCCACUUUGUGCCACCCGUGUCCCUCUGAUGUCCCAUUGUCUACGCCCACAAGCCAUCCUUGUAUCAGUCGCUCAUUCCCCGUGCCUCCAUCACCGAUCAUGCCAAGACUGGGUGUACGUCGAUUGUCCAAACUGUCUCUCUCAGCCAUGGGGCAGGACAUGGAUAAGGACGAUGAGGACCUCGACACACCGCAGGCUUCCGAAGCGAUUCACGCCACGGCGUUGGCGUUGCCUAUACCCUCAUCCACAAUGCAAUAUACCCAUCAUGAUCACGGUCACGUCGGAUUAACGCCAUUCGCGUAUUCGGUUAGUCCUUCGCAACCUACCCUUCACUCUUGCAACGACGAAUGGCCGAGUUUGUCCCGUGCGGGUCUAGCCGCUCCCGCGGUGGUACAAAGACGUAAUUCUUGUGGUUUGGGUGACCAUCACGCUGGUAGCUUAAUUGGCAGUUACGAGGAAUCCCUGCUGAGUGGACGAAUGUCGACGACGCCUUCCAGACCGAUUACGUUUCAGGUCCAAAUUGGGGUGUUGGGUUUGGGUGAUUGCAAAUCGUCAUUAAAGUGUCCCCCUCAUGUGACACUGGACUUCCCUGCCUUCUACUUUGAAAGAAAAGACGAUGAGUGGUCCACUCCCUACGUUGGCAAUAUUGACAUUUCCGGUCCAAAACUCCCCGCUUAUCGGUUGCCCCCCAAGGGUCAGCUUCAGAUCAUUAUCCGCAAUCCCAGCAAAACCGUGGUCAAAUUCUUCCUGAUACCUUACGACGUGUCGGCCAUGCCAGAGUACCAUAAAACGUUUCUGCGACAGAAAUGCUACUCGAAAGCCGCCAGCGUUCGUUCCCUACGUUACGCCAUUCAUGUGCAAAUUUGUCGGACAAAAAGACAGCGUGUGUACCUGUACAAGCACAUACGAGUGGUGUUUGCCAGACAAAUCAUGGAUUCCCACGAACAGUUGAAAACGGUGUGUGAAGGACCGCAAGAACCGGCGUACUCACCUUUGACCACGACCGAUAAGGACAUUUUCGGUCUUCCGUAA